AUGGAUACAAGCAUUGCACCAGACUCGGCACGGGUCAGUGUUGUUCUUCAAAAUGAACAAGUGUUCACGAAACAUGUAGAGCAUGCAGUUGGCAGUCGUUCAAAUCCUCUGAGCGACGUUAAGCUGAAGGAGAAGUUUAAUAAUGGAUGCAAGAGCGUUGGAAUGCAUGACGCUGAAGUCGUGAGCUAUGAAUGUUGGGGGCUGGAGACUGUGGACGAUAUAUGGCAGCUUACAAAGUACCUGUAG